AUGCAUGUCAUCAGCACCUCUCAAGCCCAAGCUGUCCGCCACCAGAAUGGAGCGGCUCCGUUUUCAGCUUUUUGGAUUCACUACGUUGUAUGUGUCGUUACUGGAACCUUCAUCACAUCUUGUGUUUGUUUCUUCCAGAUUCACCAAAACGGAGUCCAUGUGGCAGAACUAACCCAACAGGCGAGAGUAAUGGCACCCAUCAAUCUUGAAAAAAUUGUACAGCCAAUGAAAGAUGCAGUGUCAUCCCAACAAGCCAGCAUUGAUGAACUUGCAAGUCAGAUUGAAAGAAUUAGUGCUGCUUAUCAGACCAGAUUGGUGGAAGAGGCAGCAAGCAUCGAUCAAGCAGAUAUCUAUACCAGUAGUGGAGUUCCCCAACACGCACGCCGACAGGAAGACAAGGCACCGGUGUCAUCCCCACUUUCAAAUCUUGAAAUUUCUGGUAGGACUGCCAACCAAUCCCACAAGAGGGCACCUGCACCACAGAUUCAAAAGGAAGCCUCCGUUAUGCAUCAGACAAAAAGGCUUCUUUUGGAGACUGGGGUUUUCCAGGUUGGCCAUGAGAAAGCAAGUCACUCUCUAGGAAUGCACUACUCUGUAUCUAUGAUUGCUUUUGUGGCAUGUUUCGUUGUUUUUGUUGGAAUUGCUGCUCUUUGUCUGUCACAAGGCCAUAACCAUCAUCAAAUGGACGCAAAGAAAUGGAUUCUGCAAAUUGUUCAUGAUGCCAUGGAAAGCAAGGCUGGCUUCUUUCAAGCCAAGCUGCAGGAGGGCCUUGGUUGUUUUGAGGAUACAGGAUUGAGAAACAUUGACAAAAUCUCGUUUCUUCAGCAAGUUGCAAAGAAAGGCAACAAUGAUGUUGUCGAGGCCCUGCGACGAUGCGAUGGUGUGGAUGUUGCUGCAAAGGAUGGCAAUGGUGCCACUGUUCUUCAUUGGGCUGCAAAUGCAGGUUGCAUGGAUGCUAUCGAGGCUUUGCUAAGACAUGAUAGUGUGGAUGUUGCUGCAAAGGACAAUGACAGCGCCACUGCUCUUCAUUGGGCUGCAAAAGCAGGUCGUAUGGAUGUUGUUGAGGCCUUGCUAGGACAUGACACUGCAGAUGUUGCAGCAAUGGAUGACAAUGGUGCCACUGCUCUUCAUUGGGCUGCAAAUGCAGGUCAUAUGGACGUUGUCAAGGCAUUGCUAGUGCACGAUUAUUUUGAUGUACUUGUAGGUGCAAAGGACAAAAAUGGUGCCACUGCUCUUCAUUGGGCUGCAAAUGCAGGUCGGAUUGAUGUUGUCCAGGCCUUGCUCGGGCAUGAUGGUUUGCAUGCCAACAAAAAGACAAAACAGGGCAACUCUGCACUUCAUUUGGCUGCAAGGGCAGGGCAUGUUGGCGUUGUCAAAGCACUGCUGGGAUGUUCAGGUGUGGAUGUCAAUCAAAAGACACGAGAUGGUGACACAGCACUUCAUGUUGCUGCAAAUAUUGGCUGUGCAGACAUUGUUGAGGCAUUGCUGAGGCAUGGUGGUUUGGAUACUAAUGACAGGACAACCCAGGGCAACACUGCUCUUCAUUUGGCUGCAAAAGCAGGCCAUGUUGAUGUUGCCAAAGCUCUGCUCAGACAUGAUGGUGUAGAUAUCAAUGCAAAGAGGAAUGAUGGCAUGACCGCCCUUUUCCAUGCUGUUUCCCUUGAGAAUGUGCAUAUUGUCAAAGCUCUGCUACUAGGAGUUGCUGGUGUGGAUAUCAAUGCCAAGAGUCCUGAUGGGUGGACUGUGCUUCACCAGGCUGUCGUCUUUGGUAAAUUGGAUGUUGUCAUAGCCUUGCUACGAUGCAGCGGCUUGGAUAUCAAUGCACAGAAGAACGAUGGCCGCACUGCUUUGGACAUUGCCAUUGGCCAGAACCACAAGGGGAUGGUAAAAAUACUGGCAGUCGCAGGUGCCAAGAGAGGCAAGAGGCUGUGA